AUGGCAUUCGCAAGCGCGAAGUUUGACGAGGUGUUGGAUGAUCUAUCAGUCCGCUUUGUUAUCAAUUUACCCGAAGAAGAACUCGUUUCCGUCGAGCGAAUCUGUUUCCAGAUCGAACAGGCACAUUGGUUUUACGAAGACUUUGUCCGCGAGGAAAACCCGUUCUUGCCAUCCCUCAGUCUCCGCACAUUUACGUCGCGGAUCUUUGAGCAUUGUCCGUUAUUGUGGAAAUGGUCGGGACAGCAUGAACAGGCGUUCGAGGAUUUCUUGACGUAUAAGACUCGAGUACCGGUACGAGGGGCUAUCAUGCUGAAUCAGACGUUGGAUAAGUGUGUGCUUGUUAAGGGGUGGAAGUCAAGUAGUGGGUGGGGGUUCCCGAAGGGUAAGAUCAAUAAGGAUGAGCCGGAUCUUGAUUGUGCUGCGCGUGAGGUGUAUGAGGAGACAGGGUAUGACAUUACGCCGCUUGUGACGGCUGAGGAUUUCAUCGACAUUACGAUUCGUGAGCAGCAGAUUAGGCUGUAUAUCGUGCAGGGUGUCCCGAUGGAGACGUCAUUCGUUCCGCAGACGCGAAAGGAGAUCUCGAAGGUUGAGUGGCAUAAUCUUCUGGAUCUGCCAACAUACUCGAAUUUGAAGAGGAGGAACGACAGGAAGAUGGUGAAGACUGUGGACAAGACUGGGAAGGGCAAGUUCUACAUGGUCAUUCCUUUCUUGGCUCCAUUGAGGAAUUGGAUCACGAAGAGGAAGCCAGCC